UAACACAAUUUCUGAUUUUUUCUGUAGCCCGUGAGGACCGCAACGGCGACAUUAACUGCGUCCCGGAACUGCGACAUCAACCGUUUACAAGAAGCUAACGUUGGCUCAGCUAGCGUUAAUAACGACGUUGUUAGCGUGUUAAUACAAGUUUAUAUUGCCAUAAAAAAAACAAUGGAGACUGCGGAGGCUCGUGAAUGUGAGAAAUGUGGAGAGAGUUUCUCAGACAGUGGUUCGUUCACCUCUCACUCCUGCUCAGAGAGGCCGACAGCACCAACCAGUAAUAAACAGUUGGAGAACUACAAGUGUUCUCAGUGCAGUGAGGUUUUUUCUAGGCCAGGAGUCCUGAAACACCACUUUAAAGUCACCCACGGUGGACACGACCCCGAAGACUCGUUCCCCUGCACUGAAGAAGGCUGCCAGUCUAGCAGCACAGACCGUCAGGAAUAUCAGGAUCACUUAAAGUCCACACAUUGUCUCACUCUCAUCCCUUGCACCCUGCAGUCCUGCAAAGCCGCGUUUCUCACACGGAGCGAGGUGGAGAGACACUCACGGGCCCACAUGCCCUUUGGAUGCUUUCAGUGUCAGUUUGUCACUGAAAAUGCAAAAGACCUGAGUGACCACGUUGCAAAGUACAACCAUCUGCCACCUAGCACUAAAGGGAAUGAGGCUGCAGCCACAAGUGUAUGCACUGAUGGAAGCCACCAGCCUCAGGUGUCCAACAGGCCAAAAAGAAAACUGAAGCCCAGCCCAGCUCAAGCAUCAUCAUUACCAGAGGACAGCAAUGAGGACCAGCCAGAGAGGCAAAGGCACAGUAUUAAAAGAGGGAAAAAGGCCGUGGAGAGAGAAAAACCCCCAGCAGUGGAUGCUGCACCGCCUCCAUCCAAAGAGUAUCUUGCAGAGGGAUCAGAGCACACCUAUCGCACCCACACCUGCCCCAAGUGCCGCCGCUGCUUCAAGAUGCGCUCCCACCUGCAGGAGCACCUCCAUAUACAUUUUCCUGAUCCCAGCCUCCAGUGUCCCACCUGCAAGCGCUACUUCACCAGCAAGAGCAAGCUACGCAUACACAGACUCCGUGAGGCGGGGGAAAAGCUUCACCGUUGCCACUUGUGUGAAUAUUCUGCCGUGGAGCGUAACGCGAUCAGCCGCCACCUUGCCAGUGUGCACGCCGACGAGGUAGAAGAUGGCGUUAACAGUCACAGCUAUCCCUGUCCCACCUGUGGUCAAAGCUUUCGCCAGAGCAGGUUGCUUAAGGCCCACAUGAAGACGCACAAUAUUCUCUCUCACAGCAAGCCGGUGGCCUGCUUCCAAGAGGGUUGCUCUUUCCAGAGUUCUUUGCGUAAAGAACUUCUUCGUCACACUGCCGAGGUGCAUGGGGUCAAGGCCGUAGAGUGUCGCCAUCACGUCUGUGGAGCCAUCUUCCAAAGCGAGACAGACAUGGAGGCUCAUUAUCGGACACACCUGGCCUACCACUGCUCUCAGUGUGAUUUCUCUUGUUCUAAUAAGAGCGUCUUCCUCCAGCACCAGCGGAACGGUCACCCGGGAAAUGACAAGCUCUGCUGCGACUUCUGCCCCUUCGUCACAUUUAACCCUGUGGAGUUCGAGCAGCACAUCGGACAUUUGCACGCCAAUGAGAAGAUCCAUCGCUGCUCUCAGUGCAGCUACGUGACCUCGCAUAAACGGGGCUUGAAGCGACACAUGCUGAUGCACAGCGGCGAGAAGCCCCACAAGUGCAGCCUGUGUGACUUCAGGUGCCGAGACGAGUCCUACCUCUCUAAACACAUGCUCACUCACUCAGACGACAAGAAUUUUAUGUGUGCUGAAUGUGGAUAUGUCACUAAAUGGAAACACUACUUGAAUGUCCACAUGAGAAAACAUGCUGGAGACCUCAGGUACCAGUGUGACCAGUGCCCUUACCGCUGCCACCGAAUGGACCAACUCAACAGCCACAAAUUACGACAUCAGGCCAAAUCACUAAUGUGUGAGAUCUGUGCUUAUGCCUGCAAGCGCAAAUACGAGCUUCGCAAUCACAUGUUGGCCAAACACUCUGGAGAGGAGAAACAGCCGUCUGUCUAUAAGUGUAAAUACUGCACAUACACUACCAGCUACAGACAAGCCCUCCAAAACCAUGAGAACUGCAAACACACCAAGCUGAAAGAGUUCCGCUGUGCCCUCUGCUUCUACUCCUCUUUCAGCAGCAUCAGCCUCUUCCUGCACAAGAGGAAAGCUCACGGCUACGUACCUGGAGACAAAGCAUGGCUCGAGAACUAUGCUGCAAAGGAGAAGGAGAGGAACUCAACAGAGCUCUUGCAGGAUUUUUACAAUAAGCCCUCAGCAGCUAACGAGCAGUCUGAACAAUCCACCUCUGAAGGACCUCCACCAGCUCAAAGAGAACUAUCUGAUCUUCCUGGCUCAGCAGAUCACAGUGCAAGCAAAGGAUCCACAGCUGCUUCACAAACUGUGGAUUCUGUUUUUGAUGUUGAUUCUCAAAAGGUUGUUAACCAAGGUAUUUCAGACAGUCCGCCCUCUGUGAACAGCCCUGAGGAGUACUGUACUCUUGUUUUAACAACAUUAUCAACCACUGAGUAUCAGACCUCCUCUUUGGAAAUUCAGGAAGACAAUUGUGCAAAUCAAACCCCAAGCUCAUCGAAUUUAAACUGCAAUGGCUCGGACAUAUCGCAAGUAAAGGCAGACCGCUCUACAUCUUCAUUAGAGGAAGACGAUGUGGCUAUGGCAGAUGCAGAAUGUGAACAAAGUGACAUAGAUGACAACUAUGAGCCACUAAAUAAUACAAGUCAACCAGUCAAACCUGGGGAGGGUCAAACACCUGAGGUAGAGAGUGAUGGUGGAACAAUCAGUUCCACUUUACCAUCUGAGCAAACUGAGCCGUUAGAGUGUGAGACCCGUCUUAAAGCUAUGAGGAAGCACGACAAAGACCAAGCAGAAGCCAUGGUUUUGGAGGGACGGGUGCAAAUGCUUGUGGUGCCAACUAAAGACAUAUAUCGCUGUGACAAGUGCUCUUAUGUAACCAGUAAAGAGACCUCUUUGAAGUACCACUGCCAGGCUUUGUGCCAUGGUAGAAUGAAGGGACACAAGUGCCAGGCCUGUGGUGCACAGUUCAAACAGAGGAGAGGUCUUGACAGCCACCUUACAAAGAAGUGCCCGGCACUUCCACGGAAAACAAGGACAUUUGUAGGCACUUCAAAUACAUGUUUGGCAACAGAAGACAACUCCACUUUAGGUCAGGAUAAGGAAUCAAAUUCCAAACAGACGGAGCUUCUGUCCUCACAAAAAAGGAUUACCACAGAUAAGAGACUUUGUCAGCAAGAACAAGGAGUCCGUACAUCUCAUUUAAAAAACUCUAAAGCUAUUUUUCAUAAUGCUUCUACAUCCAGAGACUCAGGACAGCAGCAAAGCAAAAUUCAGACAAAAAAGGCUUCAAAAGAUAAACUUGCAAAAAAGCAAUUAUUUUCUAGUACCAAACAAAAAAAUGCUCCACUGCAGGAGCCUCUUAUGGCUAAUAAAGAUGGGAAAUUCAACUGCAAGCUGUGCAAUUUUUCAUCAGUCAGGCUUGCAACAGUUGAACGGCACCUCUCAACUUGCAGGAAAAUCUCAAGGAAAAGAGAGACUCAGAUCAUUUCAGAAGGAGAGGAUGAGCGUGGUAACAAGUCCGUCAAAGAAAAAGAGGACUUGGUGGACAAGUGCAAAGAAAGAACUGGGAAAGUUUCUGAGAAACAUCAAAUCUUCUCUUGUCAAAGCUGUGCAUUUAAAUGCAACCAGAAAAGAGCAUUAGACAGUCAUGAAAAGAGAGGCUGCCUGAAGCCAGAUGAAGUCCAAUGCACCAUGUGUUCAUUUAUAGCCAAAUCAAAGACGUCUUUGACCCGUCACAUCGUGUGUGUCCAUAACAGAAAAAAGGUUGGUGUUGCUAAACGUUUGCAAUGUCAGCACUGUUCUUUCACCUGUAAACAAGAACGACGCAUGACUCAACAUAUCGCGCUCAAACACAAAGGUGCACGACCUCACCAUUGUCGGUAUUGUCCUUUUAGCACCACAAGGCGCUAUCGCCUGGAAGAGCACGAGUCUCUCCACACGGGAAUCGGUCGUCACAGCUGCGAUUUGUGCGACAAGACCUUUGGGGCUGUGACUAAAUUGCGCCAGCAUAAGAUGCGCAUCCACGACAAACAGCCCACACACUUCUGCUCGCUGUGCGACUUCAGUGGCUACACCCUUGACGAUGUAAGACGGCACAAUCUCAGAUGCCACACGGGAGAGUUGCACCACGCUUGCACUCAUUGUGACGCUCAGUUUAGUUCAGAAGUUGCACUCAGAAACCACUGCAAGCGUGUGCACCAGCUCCAGGUCUGUUUCUCAUGUAAGCAGUGUGACUACACAUGUGGCAGCGAGGUCACUCUUAAGACCCACCACGAGAGCAAGCACUCUCAGGUGAAGUGCAACACCUGCCAGGAGUCUUUCAAGACAAAGGAAAGCCUUGAAAUUCAUCAGAGAUGCCACCUGGCGCAUCAUUGUCAGCUGUGCCCCUUCGCUACCAAAACGAGGCAGCUGUUAGCUCAGCACCUUCUGAAUGACCAUGAGGGGGGGUCUCCAGAGGACAAGCCCCUCAAGUGCAGCUCUUGUCAGUUUGCUUGUCGGCAUCAGCUGGUGUUAGAGCAGCACCUCCGUUCACAUGGAGGUAAGCGUCUCUACAAAUGCACAGACUGCAAGUAUUCGACCCGCAACAAGCAGAAGAUCACAUGGCACAUUCGCAUUCACACUGGAGAGAAGCCUUACAGCUGUGAGCAGUGCAGUUACACCUGCACCGAUCCGUCUAGGUUGAAGCUUCACAUGAGGGUUCACCAAGAAGAGAGGAAGUACCUUUGUCCAGAGUGUGGUUACAAAUGCAAAUGGGCGACUCAGCUGAAGUACCACAUGACCAAGCACACAGGGGACAAGCCAUAUGCCUGUGAUGAGUGUGAUUACCGCACAAACAGAGCGGACGCCCUCCGUGCCCACCGGGACACGCAGCACUGCGAUUUGCGCCCUUAUGUCUGCGAGAAAUGUGGAAAAGCCUUCAAGACUAGUUUUAUUCUGAAAACCCACCAGCGUCAGCACAGUGACGAUCGGCCGUACACAUGCGGCUUGUGCCACAAGGCCUUCCGCUGGCCGGCGGGGCUCAGACAUCACUAUCUCUCGCACACCAAGCAGCAACCUUUCUGCUGUCGCCACUGCUCCUACAGAGCCAAACAGAAGUUCCAGGUGGUCAAACAUUUGCAGAGGCACCAUCCAGAGAUGUCAGUGGAGCAGGGGGUGGUGAGGGACUCUGAAGCAGUGGGCCUGACCCUGAAGGAGGCCUUGCAGGGGACACUGGAUGAGAGAGCGGUAGAAAUUAACGAGAAAGGAGGGACCGGUGACGAGGCACAGGUAGUAGUGGAAGAAGUUGUGCAAAAAGAGGAAGAAAACGAGAAAAAACACUGAAGAGAGCACAAAGGAUGCAAUUGUCAAUUCAGACUAUACAUUAUCAUUUACCACUUGAUUUCAGCAGAGGUGGAAAGUACAUUUUCCUCAAGUUUUCCACUGUACUCAACCUGGACUCUGUUUUUCCAUGUUUUUGUAUCUCAGUGACUUAUAGAUACAACUUUCUUUCUUUUUUUUAAACUGGUCCAGAAGUCCAGUUAAAGUCAGACUAAGGUGUGCACAUGGUGGAAUAGUUCCACUUCCUGUAGUAUUAUCUUGGUGUGUUAAUCCAAUUUCAAGAAUUCGAUUUACUCCAAUUUCAGUCCGACUAACAUGUAUUUUAAAAGUCCAGUUUUAGCUGGACUAACACAAUAAUCAGACAUCAUGGAAAAGUACUAACCGUUCCAACAAUCACAAACUCUGGUUUGGUUAUAUUAACCCUUACUUCACCAAGAUAGAAGUGAAAAAAAGCUGGCUUUAUACACGCUAAAUGUGCUGCUUACUUAAAUGGAGUCUGGCUAUUGAAAUUUUGGGGCUGUUAAACAAAAAGGAUCUUACUCUAUAACAAAUAAAGUUCUAUCACAGUAGGAUCCUUUCCAUUAAGUUCUCAGAAAAUUACAGUCUUAGCCUGUCAGUGGCAAGAAUAAGCACAUUUAGAGGAUGUUAAUUGACAGAACAAACAUGCACUGCAGCCUGUAUCGCCGGCUGCAGCGCAUUCUUUCAAAUACAUGGGAGUAAGGCAAUGAACAGAGAAAAUGAUCCCAAAAU